GAGUUAGCAUACUUCAGCACAAUUAUUCUUGAACUUUGCAAUAUAUACAGAAUUCAGCUGUUGUCAUCGUUAGAAUAGAGACGCAUAUUCUCCAGUUGUGUUUUAUUCGAAGAUGGAGGAAGUUUAUGAGCUGUCGUUAGGUGGACCUGGCAAAGAAUCGCUGGCAGGUUGUAAAGACAUCAUCUUAAAGGCAACACAGGCUCUUCUUACGAACGAUGUCGACGAACAUGCGCUGUUUGAUUAUGGGCCUACAGUGGGGGAUCCUGAGGUCAGGCACCAGUUGGCAGAAUUUUUAAAAAUUGAGUAUAAAGAUAAUGUAGACAGCGAUAAUUUGUUCAUCACCGCCGCCGCCACACAAGGAAUACACCUAGCAACCACGGUACUUAUGAGCAAAGAUGCACCUAUAUUUGUGGAGGAUCCAACAUAUUUCAUUGCUCAUGGGAUGUUUCAAAGGGACUAUGAACACCGAGUUAUCCCUGUUCAGACGGAUGACGAUGGAAUCGACCUUGAUGUUUUCGAGAGGCUGUUACAGGAAACCCCCGCGCCUACAGAAACUAAAUACCCCUUCCGGCGGAUGUUGUUUGUGAUGACCGUCCACCACAAUCCCAUGGGGUCGUGUCUCCCGCCAGAGAAAUGUCGGCGCCUCGUGUCCCUAGCCCGGAAGUACGAUGUGCUUCUGUUUGCGGAGGAUGUGUACAAUCUACUGACCUACACAGAGGACGGGGUCCCGCCACCCAGGCUCUUGGCCUACGACAACAAAGAGGAUCCGGAUUACAGAGGUCACACAAUAUCUAACUGCACGUUCUCCAAGAUCUUUUCUCCGGGGAUGCGGUUGGGUUGGAUUGAAACAUCACCGCGAAUCAUACAAAUGCUGAGAGACUGUUAUACGACGUUGAGCGGGUUUUGCUUUAACCAUUUCGUGUCUCGUUUGGUCGGGAAAGCAUUGGAACUAGGCCUUGUGCAGACCAAUCUAGCUAGGCUGCGGAAGUUGUACGGGGACAGAAUCCGAGCAGCCUGUCGCCGACUUCGAGAAAAUCAGACCCCUGUUUGUUUCGUGGAGCCCAAGGGUGGUUUGUUUUUAUGGUUAAAACUCCCUGAAAUCAUCAGCGGGGAAAAAUUCCAAGAGAAUGCUAAAGCAAAGAAUUUGUUGGUUAUGAACGGUUCACGGGCGUCGAUGAGUGGAAACUACAAGAAUUUUUUACGCAUCUCCAUCAGUGUCAUUCCUCGCGAUAAAAUUGAACAAGGAAUAGAUAAACUGUCCGAACUCAUUCGAUCGUACGAUGCAUAAUCAUUUUGUGAGGGAAAAUACAAGGAUAUUUAAAAAAAUAUAAGUAAUCUUAGAUGACGAAGAUCAUCGAGACAAACUUUACGAGGCAUCACUUUUAUGAGACCACCUUUAUUAUAUUUUAUGGGAAAUUAUAGUAAAUGAUCUUGGAUAUUCAUGGAUACUGAAAAUCAUGGUUAAUGAUCUUGGAUAUUCAUGGAUACUGAAAAUCAUGGUUAAUGAUCUUGGAUAUUCAUGGAUACUGCAGUGUGGUUUGACCCAAUAUCGUAUAUCAUAUGAUAAAAAGUUGUAUAAUAAUCAUAUUAUAUGUAAAUUCCAUAUGGUAUUGUAUGAUACAAUGUUUAUAAAUACUUUACUUUAGAAUACAACAUAUCAUCCUCUACUAUAUAAUAUUAUGUCAUAUGAAAUAGUAUCAUAUGAUAUUAUACGGUUUUGUAUCGUGUUAUACAUAAUAUGUCACAUAAUAAAAUUUAUGUCAUAACACAGUAUAUGAUAUAAUAUACUAUGAUUGAUAUAUUUCCUCUAUCAUAUUAUACAGUAUUGUAACUUAUCAUAUUUGCAUAUCCAUUGUCUGUUCCUACUAUAAGACCACACCAAAGAGCUACAUUUAUUUUUCUACUAUACAUGUAGCAAUUGCUUUGUCUAUAUCUGCAACUGCAUGUACAUUACAGACUUUAAGGUAGCGAAUUAUCUUUAACUGUAUUUUGAUUUUUUGCUAGUUUAUAUAUUGAAUAUUUUUAAUAACAAAUACAUGUAUAUUCAUAUUAAUCAUCUGAAGUUUAAAAUUAAAUACAAGGUAUUUUAGUUUUAUUCAUAUUUAUUUUUACUCAGUUAUGUUGUUUAUUGUUGUAUGUAAAAAAUAUACCAAAAUAAAACAAAACUGUUUGAUUUUAAUAUUUAUUUCUACAAAAUUCAAUUGUCAAGGAUAAUAACGAAUCUAAACUAGAAAGAAAACUGUUCCUAAACAGGAAAGCGUAGUAAUAUUUCGAACUGGCACUACUGUUAGGGGAAUUUUGCAGUCUAUUUAUGUUUCAUCAACAUCCUUGGAAAUGCAC